AUGCCGGUACCUCCCCACUCGGACGGCGCAUCGAGCGCAGGCGCGGCGCCGGCGCCGGAGGGCGGGGGCGAGCAGCGCGACAUCAUCGCCGAGACGAAGCAAGUCAUCACGGAGAAGGUCGAGAAAGAAGCCGUCCCCAGGAUCAAGCGCGGCCUGGCCAAACUCACCAUUGCCAAGCGCCGCGUGCGCAACAAGUGGCUGGAGCUCUCCACGCCGGCCCGCGCAUCCAUCCUCAUCGGCCUCGGAGCCGUGGUCGCGCUGGGCGCGUCGGCGUACUGGAAGCACCUCAUGACCAAGAUCCUGUGGCCGCCGAUCUGGAUGAUCAGCCCCGUCGACACCCUGGUGUACUACUUCGAGGGCAUCAUGCUGCUGCCCAUCCUGCCGAAGAUGGCCGUCAUCUUCCUCCUCGCGCUCCCGCUCGUCCUCAUCGGCGGCGUCGCGUACCGCUGGCUCACCGGCCUGGCCCUCGGCGAGGCGCUCUUCAAGGCCUACGCCGUCAUCUCGAACGCGCCCGGCGUCGACGUCACGGCCGACGACACCCCGGGCGGCGUGUGGGUCGGCAACCUCCUCUUCCUCGUCGGGACGCUCACGUUCGCCGUCCUCUUCGGUAUCAUCGUCGACGAGGUGUCCAACAAGGUGGAGGACCUGACGCAGGGGAACGCACCGGUGAUCGAGCAGGGGCACACGGUGGUGCUGAACUGGACGCCGCAGACGACGCAGCUGCUGCGGCAGGUGGAGACGGCGAAGCGCGAGCUCGGCCGCGCCGUCUUCCGUGAGCCCAUCGUCAUCCUCGGAAACAACAAGGAGGAAAUGGACGAACACGUCAAGGACUUUAUGGAGGAUGCGAGGCACAGUGUCCGCGUCAUCACGCGCGAGGGCACCCCCGCGCGCAUCGACGACAUUCGCCGCGUGUCCGCGGGGCACGCGCGCAACAUCAUCGUCAUGAACGACCGCGAAGUCGAGUACGACGCAGACGGCCCGAACGGCAUGAGCGACGACCUACAGACCCUCGUCGCGACGCUCAUCAACAUCAAGGCCGUCCGCCCCUCCUACUACAAGAACUCGGGCCAGCGCCAGAACGUCGUCGUGCAGCUGCCGGGGUCCUUCCACAAGCCCCCCGAGGCCGCCCCGGGCAGCGCCGGGUCCAUCGCGGUCGAGGAGGACUCCCUCGCGGGCCGCUGGCUCAACAUGGUCAGCGAGACCGGCGGCCGCGACAGCGUCGAGUUCUUGCCGUUCCACGGCGCCGAGCGGGCGUCCAAGCUGCUGGCGCAGAUGACGUCGUCGCCGGGGCUGUCGGCGGUGAUGGAGCACGUGCUCAUUCAGGAGGAGGGCACUGCGGAGUUCUACGUCAAGGAGGUGCCCAGCAUCGUCGGGAUGUCGAUUGGGGACGCGCGCAAGACCAUUCCGCGCGGCGUGGUCUGCGGGGUGCUGUCGCCGGGGUCCAGCAAGACGCGCACCCGCCUUCAGCUGAACGCGCCGGACAGCUACGUGGUCCAGAAGGGGGACAAGAUCGUGGUGUUCGCGGAGAACGACCAGUUCUUCAGCCCGCUCCAGCGCGUCCACGAGCGCUGCGACUACCUCCUGUCGCGCAUUGCACGGUCCAUCCGGCGGCCGGAGUCCACCGCAGCGGCGCGCGUCGCGUUGCUGAAGUCCAACAUGGACCAGAAGGCCGCGGAGGAGAUCGCCGUCAAGCAGGGCAAGCCGAAGGACUCGGUCAAGCCCACCGCUGGCGCCGUCGUUGGUCCGCAGCGCGUCAUUAUGCUGGGCUGGCAGCAGGACUCCUCGCUGACCCUGCAGGCCAUGAGCGAGUUCCUCCCCGAGGGCUCCAAGGUCGUCAUCGUGCACGACGGCCCCCUGGAGCCCAAGCCCCGCGCGCGCGUGGGGCCCCUGGAGGUCUCCCACAUCCGCGCGCCCGCGGUGUCGCCCGACACGCUCGCGGAGGCGAAGCUGGCGGAGGCCGACAGCCUCGUCGUGGCGCUCGAGGCCGUGACGGCCGCGGAGGACGGCGGCGAGCGGUGCGGCCAGGACGAGGCGUUGCUGCCGCUGCUCGUUACCGUGCAAGACAUGAGGCGGAAAGCGGUGGCGCUGCAUGGGCGAGCGGCGGUGAAGGACCUGCACCUCGUCGCGGUCAUUGCGGACGAGGGCACGCGCGACGCGGCGGAGUUCGUGGCGGCCAGCGGCGCGGAGAAUGCGCCGCCGCUGACCAUGGACCUGCUGCAGCUUGACCACAUGAUCACGGGGAUGAUCACGCAGGUCGCGGCGCAGCCGGACGUGAUCCACGUCUACCGGGAGAUCCUGAGCGCGGACGGCAACGAGCUCUUCAUGAAGCACCCUGCAGUGUACAACGUGCCUGAAGGCGACGGCCUCACCUUCGGUGAGAUGUGCGACGCUGCGAAGAGGUGCGGGGACACGCUCCUGGGAAUCUUGCACGCGGACGGCACCUGCUUGCUGCCGCCGUAUCAGCACCAGGUGGUCGACAUAGGUCCGGACGACAAGCUGGUGGUGCUCUCCGACGUCAUCGAGGCGUGGGUCCCGCCCCCCGCCGACGCCGCGGUGUCCACGAAAGGCAAGAAAUGA